AUGUCGUUAAAGUCUGAUGAUAACGCUAAAGAGUACAAAAUAACGUACUUUUUAAAUCUCUUUCUAGUUCGUAACGGGUAUUCCUGCGUGCCCGUCGCUCUGUCAGAAGACUUGGACAUCAGGCUCGGGACCUCGGUAACUGAUAUCAACUACGAAGGUCCAGGCGUAACUGUCAAAGCUAAUAGUUCUCGCAAUCCGAACCAACCACAGGUCUUUAAAGGAGAUGUAGUCUUAUGUACAUUGCCUUUGGGAGUGUUAAAGGUUGCAGUGGCAAGCAAUGGACAGAAUCAACAGAACUUCACCACUUUUAAUCCCCCCCUGCCCGAGUGGAAGGUGGCAGCUAUCAAGCGUCUCGGUUAUGGAAAUUUGAACAAAGUGGUUUUGUGCUUCGAACGAACCUUCUGGGACCCGAGUGCCAAUCUAUUUGGGCACGUUGGUACGACCACCGCAAGCAGAGGAGAACUUUUCCUUUUCUGGAACCUCUAUAGUGCGCCGGUACUCCUAGCUUUGGUAGCAGGCGAGGCAGCCGCUGUGAUGGAAAACGUCACCGAUGACGUCAUCGUCGGUAGAUGUAUCGCCGUUCUGAAGAGCAUAUUUGGUCACGCGGCCGUGCCGCAACCCAAAGAAUGCAUAGUAACGAGAUGGCGUGCCGAUCCAUUCGCUCGCGGCUCGUACAGUUUUGUAGCGGUAGGGUCGUCUGGUACUGACUACGAUCUCCUGGCCGCCCCUAUACCUGGAACUGAUGGAGAGAAUAGACUUUUCUUUGCCGGUGAGCACACGAUGCGGAACUAUCCAGCAACGGUGCACGGAGCAUUCUUAUCGGGCUUAAGGGAAGCUGGGAGAUUGGCCGACAUGUUGCUUCCUCUGCCACCAAUCACUAGCUCGAGUGUCGCUGCCGUGACGGCAAACAAUUCCGCAUGAUGGCUGAAAACAAUUAAACUUAAACCCUGAAAAUUUCGAUCUAAGGUGAAAUUGAUAAUAUUUAAGAACGACUCUCAUUUAUGGACCGGUUCUAGAAUUUAUUCAAAUGUUCAAUUUUGUUGUUUUUUGUAUGACGGUUCAUUUGUUACUAGCUAGCUAUAAUGUAUCGAAGUAACUAAUGUUGAUCUUUGUAUCAAUGAAUACGAAAACGAUACAAUAGUAGUAACGGGGAUGUGUGACGUCAUUUGUGGCGACAGUAACCGGCGAUGCGCUGCGUUUGUAAUGCUACAAUUAUUAGAAGUCAUUGGAAAUACUGAGUGAAUGAUAUACUCGUAGUUAAUUGAAUAAAUAUACCUUUUAAUUCCAAAUAUACGAAUGCAUGUCGCAUCGUUGAUCGAUGUAAUUUGGAUAUUUUUUAUUGUUGGAGAAAAGUACGACGUAUUUCCAAUGGUUUACUUUUAGUUAAAUUUAUUUAUAGCUUUGAAACAGGAACAAUCUUCAAUUUAGUCUUUAAAAGCUUUUUACGAAUGGUUAAAUAUUUCUCAGGGACCAACGAAUUAAGAUUCAAUUUUUUAUUUAUUUCAAAUGCUGGAAUUUGUUCAAAUUCUAUAAUUUAAAUUUAAAAGCAGUUUCAGAAACUUAUCGGAAUGUAAUCUUUUUCAUGGUUUUUGUUUUAUUUGAAGUCUUUCAUUUUUAGUGUUUUUUGUUUUGUUUUCCGCGUGUCUUAGGCAUAAUUGACUAAAAUUUCUU